UUUUCAAAUUAGUGAUUCCCAGAAAGCACUGCGCGCAUUUGUAACGAAUUUCCGUUCGAGUUUGUAUUUUAGGCGCCAUUUUCGAGUGAAGGACCCGGAGCCGAAACACCGGUAGGAGCGGGGGUGCUGUACAACGGUUUCCAGCUUUGAUCUGCCUGGGCUGCCCCGCAGCGACCAUGCCCCGUAAAGGCACCCAGCCUUCCACCGCCCGGCGCAGGAGAGAAGAGCCGCCGCACUCCCCGGACGGCACCAGUAGCGACGCGGAGCCGGAACCCCCGCCUGGCCGCGCGGGCAGCCCGGCCCCUGCUACCGCAGAGACACCAAGUGAGGAAAUUGAUAAUAGAAGUUUAGAAGAGAUUUUGAAUAGCAUCCCUCCUCCCCCGCCUCCAGCAAUGGCCAAUGAAGCCGGAGCUCCUCGGCUAAUGAUAACUCAUAUUGUAAACCAGAACUUCAAAUCCUAUGCUGGGGAAAAAAUUCUGGGACCUUUUCAUAAGCGCUUUUCCUGUAUUAUUGGGCCAAAUGGCAGUGGCAAAUCCAAUGUUAUUGAUUCUAUGCUUUUUGUGUUUGGCUAUCGAGCACAAAAAAUAAGAUCUAAAAAACUUUCAGUGCUUAUUCACAAUUCUGAUGAACACAAGGAUAUUCAGAGUUGUACUGUAGAAGUUCAUUUUCAGAAGAUAAUUGAUAAGGAAGGGGAUGAUUAUGAAGUCAUUCCUAACAGUAAUUUCUAUGUAUCCAGAACUGCCUACAGAGACAAUACUUCUGUCUAUCACAUAAGUGGGAAGAAGACAACGUUUAAGGAUGUUGGAAAUCUUCUUCGAAGUCAUGGAAUUGACUUGGACCAUAAUAGAUUUUUAAUCUUACAGGGUGAAGUUGAACAAAUCGCUAUGAUGAAGCCAAAAGGCCAGACUGAACAUGAUGAGGGUAUGCUUGAAUAUUUAGAAGAUAUAAUUGGUUGCGGACGGCUAAAUGAGCCUAUUAAAGUCUUGUGUCGGAGAGUUGAAAUAUUAAAUGAACAUCGAGGAGAGAAGUUAAACAGAGUUAAGCUGGUAGAAAAGGAAAAGGAUGCCUUAGAAGGAGAGAAAAACAUAGCCAUUAAAUUUCUUACCUUGGAAAAUGAAAUAUUCAGAAAAAAGAAUCAUGUCUGUCAAUAUUACAUUUAUGAUCUGCAGAAACGAAUUGCUGAAAUGGAAACUCAAAAGGAAAAAAUUCAUGAAGAUACCAAAGAAAUUAAUGAGAAGAGCAAUAUACUGUCAAAUGAAAUGAAAGCUAAGAAUAAAGCUGUAAAAGAUGUAGAAAAGAAACUGAAUAAAAUUACAAAAUUUAUUGAGGAAAACAAAGAAAAAUUUACACAGCUAGAUUUAGAAGAUGUUCAAGUUAGGGAAAAAUUAAAACAUGCUUCAAGUAAAGCCAAAAAACUGGAGAAACAACUUCAAAAAGAUAAAGAGAAGGUUGAAGAAUUUAAAAGUAUACCUGCCAAGAGUGAGAAAAUCAUAAAUGAGACAACAACUCGAAAUAGUGCCCUUGAGAAGGAAAAAGAGAAAGAAGAAGAAAAAUUGAAAGAAGUUAUGGAUAGCCUUAAACAGGAAACACAAGGGCUUCAAAAAGAAAAAGAAAGUCGAGAGAAAGAACUUAUGGGUUUCAGCAAAUCAGUAAAUGAAGCACGUUCAAAGAUGGAUGUAGCUCAGUCAGAACUUGAUAUCUAUCUCAGUCGUCAUAAUACUGCAGUGUCUCAAUUAAGUAAGGCCAAGGAAGCUCUAACUGCAGCAUCUGAGACUCUCAAAGAAAGGAAAACUGCGAUCAGAGAUAUAGAGGCAAAACUCCCUCAAUCUGAACUGGAAUUAAAAGAGAAAGAAAAAGAACUUGAAAAACUUACACAAGAAGAAUUAAAAUUGAAAAGUUUGGUUCGUGAUCUUUUCCAAAAAGUUGAAGAAGCAAAGAGUUCCGUAGCAAUGAAUCGAAGUAGAGGGAAAGUCCUUGAUGCAAUAAUUCAAGAAAAAAAAUCUGGCAGGAUUCCAGGAAUAUAUGGAAGAUUGGGAGACUUAGGAGCAAUUGAUGAAAAAUACGAUGUUGCUAUUUCAUCCUGUUGUCAUGCAUUAGACUACAUUGUUGUUGAUUCUAUUGAUACAGCUCAAGAUUGUGUGAACUUCCUUAAAAGACAAAAUAUUGGAGUUGCAACCUUUAUAGGUUUGGAUAAGAUGACCGUAUGGGCGAAUAAAAUGACCAAAAUUCAAACUCCUGAAAAUACUCCUCGGUUAUUUGAUUUAGUAAAAGUAAAAGAUGAGAAAAUUCGCCAAGCUUUUUACUUUGCUUUACGGGAUACCUUAGUUGCUGACAAUUUAGAUCAAGCCACAAGAGUAGCAUAUCAAAAAGAUAGAAGAUGGAGAGUGGUGACAUUACAGGGGCAAAUCAUAGAACAAUCAGGUACAAUGACUGGUGGUGGAAGCAGAGUAAUGAAAGGAAGGAUGGGUUCAUCAGUUGUUGUUGAAAUCUCAGAAGAAGAGGUAAAUAGAAUGGAAUUACAGUUGCAGAAAGACUCUCAAAAAGCAGUGCAAAUCCAGGAACAGAAAGUACAACUGGAAGAAGCAGUAGUUAAGUUAAGGCAUAAUGAACGAGAAAUGAAGAAUACACUAGAAAAGUUUACUGCAAGCAUCCAGCGUUUAAGGGAACAAGAAGAAUAUUUGAAUGUCCAAGUUAAGGAACUCGAAGCUAAUGUGCUUGCUACAGCCCCUGACAAGAAAAAGCAGAAGUUACUAGAAGAAAAUGUUAGUGUUUUCAAAAAAGAAUAUGACAGUGUGGCUGAAAGAGCUGGUAAAGUAGAAGCUGAGGUUAAAAGAUUACACAAUAUCAUCGUGGAAAUCAAUAACCAUAAACUCAAGGCCCAACAAGACAAACUUGAUAAAAUAAAUAAGCAAUUAGAUGAAUGUGCUUCUGCUAUUACUAAAGCCCAAGUAGCAAUCAAGACUGCUGACAGAAAUCUUAAAAAAGCACAAGACUCCGUCUUUCGCACAGAGAAAGAAAUAAAAGAUACUGAGAAAGAAGUAGAUGAUUUAACAGCAGAACUAAAAAGUCUUGAGGACAAAGCAGCAGAGGUUGUGAAAAAUACAAAUGCUGCAGAGGAAUCCUUACCAGAGAUCCAGAAAGAACAUCGUAAUCUACUUCAAGAACUAAAAAUAAUUCAAGAAAAUGAACAUGCACUUCAAAAAGAUGCACUUAGUAUUAAGUUGAAACUUGAACAAAUAGAUGGUCACAUUGCUGAACAUAAUUCUAAAAUAAAAUAUUGGCAAAAAGAGAUUUCAAGAAUAUCAUUGCAUCCCAUAGAAGAUAAUCCUCUUGAAGAAAUUGCAGUUCUGAGCCCACAGGAUCUUGAAGCAAUCAAGAAUCCAGAUUCUAUAACAAAUCAAAUUGCACUUUUAGAAGCCCAGUGUCAUGAAAUGAAACCAAACCUUGGUGCCAUUGCAGAGUAUAAAAAGAAGGAAGAAUUAUAUUUACAGCGGGUAGCAGAAUUGGACAAAAUUACUUGUGAAAGAGAUCAUUUUAGACAGGCAUAUGAAGAUCUUCGGAAACAAAGGCUUAAUGAAUUCAUGGCAGGUUUUUAUAUAAUAACAAAUAAAUUAAAGGAAAAUUACCAAAUGCUUACUUUGGGAGGUGAUGCUGAACUGGAGCUUGUAGACAGCUUGGAUCCUUUCUCUGAAGGAAUCAUGUUCAGUGUUCGACCACCUAAGAAAAGUUGGAAGAAGAUCUUCAAUCUUUCAGGAGGAGAGAAAACACUUAGUUCAUUGGCUUUAGUAUUUGCUCUUCACCACUACAAACCCACUCCCCUGUACUUCAUGGACGAAAUUGAUGCAGCCCUGGAUUUUAAAAAUGUGUCCAUUGUUGCAUUUUAUAUAUAUGAACAAACAAAAAAUGCCCAGUUCAUAAUAAUUUCUCUUCGAAAUAAUAUGUUUGAGAUCUCAGACAGACUUAUUGGAAUUUACAAGACAUACAACAUAACAAAAAGUGUUGCAGUAAACCCAAAACAAAUCGCAUCUAAAGGACUUUGUUGAACUCGUUUAUAUCCAGGAUUCCUCAAACUGAAUUCACAUAGAUUCAGCCUAUUGUAUUAUUGAGAUUUUCUCUUUGUAAAGGAUUAUAAUAUGAAGUACAUACUCCUAAACUGGAUCAUGUAACUGGUUUUUAUGCUAUUAGGAGACAUGUUAUAAGUCUAAUAAAAUAUUCUCUGUA